AUGUCGAACUCUCCGCCAUGGAGGCCACUUCCAGUCGCCGUUCCGGGCAUACCCAACCUUUUGGUUGCCACCGACUUCACAGCCCAAUCGUACAAGGUACACCUCACCGAUCUUGCCAACAUCUGGGUUGAGAACAUGGAGAGAAGGCCCAUUAUGGGAAGAGCAUCCGCUGAGGACACCAGUAUUGACCCAACAGACGGCAAUGAGAACUUGCAAAGAUUAUUGGAUUGGAUCAGAGCUGCCUUCGACGUUGACGAUCCAGAGCAUUCCAACACAUCUCUGACUCUCAGCAAACGCAAAGACGACUCCAUUGAGGCUCACAUCAUUUGCAUCCUCCCCGAGCCUUUUAAGCCGUUGAAGUGGCCACUGUACUUGAAAAAGUGUCCUGCCUCCACGCUUGCGACGGAACUUGUGUUGCCACUGAUCCAAUCGCACGAAGCUCGAGCCCAAGAGAUCGAUCAUCUCAUUGCUACCAUUCGCGACAAGGACGCCGUCAUUAACAGACUUGUAGACAAGCUGGAGUCCAACGGUAUGGGGCUCGAGCACACCUUCAACAAGCUGUCAAGCAAACGCAAAGUCAAGAGGAAGGAAGCAGAAGGCAAGAUCAAGGGUCUCGCGCCCUUUGUCGAAGUAGACUUCAGAAAAGAUGGAGUACAAGAAGCCCCUAGAUCAGCAGACAUUCCUGCGCUCCUUGAUACCGUCUUCCGCGAUACUGGCCUCAAGCAGAACCCCGAAAUGGAGUUUGAAGCAUCAGCCAUGUUAGACACCUGGUGGACUGAGCUCGGCAGAGGAAGGAAGGUUGUCCUCGCCGAACGGUCAAAGAGAGAAACACAUACGCCUCCACCGCCACAGUCACCUGCGAAAGGAGACGAUGACGAUGGCUUCCAAGUGCAAGCCACGCCGCCUGGGCUCAGAUCAGCGAACAAGAGACGUGAUACUACCACGCGUCAGGCAGUCAUUGACAAUGACGACACCACAUCGGACGGCGAGGACGAAGAUGUGCAGAUGACCCAGAGCCCACCCCCACAUUCUACCAUGGCCUCGGCCAAGAGCACUCCAGCUCGUCGACUGGGCAUUCUUGGCGGCCGGAAGCGACCGCCUAGUCGCUCACCGUCGCCAGCAAUACCCGAGGAACACAAUGGAGUGGCCUCAGAAACAGCUUCGGAAGCAGAGGAAGACGCGCCCACUCCAUCCCCCUCAUCCAAGCCUGCGCCCAAAAAGGGGGGGCUUGGUCGUAUAGGGGGUAUAGGUGGUCAAGCGAAGCAGAAAGAGUCUGAGCUUGACCCUGAACCUGGACCAUCGCCAUCCCCGCCCCCUGCUUCUCAACCGAGAAGACACAAGUUGGGAAUGAUUGGGAAAGCGCCGUCUCCAAAGCCAGAUAACAGGGUUGCCAGUCGCGGUAGAAGCAAUAGCCCCAGCGCGGCACCCAGACCACGGGAAACUUCCGAGGAGCGAGCAGAUCGGAAGCGAGCCGAGCUGCAGAAGGAGCUGGAGAGGAAAGCUGCCGCGGUGCCGGCCAAGAAGAAGCGCAGGUUCUGA